CUACGCGCAACUGAUUCUUGUCCUUCUACCACGACAUUCUCGCUGGUAUCGGUGCCCACUUUCCCGACUUUCUUCUGUCUAUGGGGCCGGCUACUGAUGCCAGGCAUUCAAGGCAGCACCACCAUCAGUAUCGCUUUCCCUUGUCUCCUCCGAGUUCCGGAUCCGUCACCGCCGCUUCGUCGCCCCGAAUAUCAUCCCUGUCUCCCACCGACUCAGAAGUCAUCGACAAUCUUCUUCAGGCUAAUUCCAAAUUCCCUUGGAUCCACUCCGACGCCGCCACCGACUCAGAUGGCUAUACGACCGAAAAGACCAGACCUCGCCGUAAUUCACGCAAGUCUCCAACUCGACAGUUAGCUGUUCGCGCCGUGACGCUACCUUCGACGACCACUGCCUAUCCAGAUUCUCCCUCCAAACCUCGCUCGCCGCCCAGGACUCGUCCCCUGUUUCAGCGGUCCAGCUCCUCCUCGACCUCCAUUUCCCCAACCCAAGAUCAAACCUUACCCCACGCUUCGUCUUCUGGUAUCGGUCGCAAGGUCGCGGCAUCAUUACGGCUUUUUAAGGAGACUGACGUCCACUCUGACGAACCCAAGUCCAGUGACGUACCGUCGAAGCUCGAAUCGGGUAAACGAAGGGCAGGUUCAUCAUCCAAGCCAGACAAUGUUUCCGAAGCAAAGUUUGAGUUUGUCAAGCGUGCGGAAUGGCCGGAUCGCGAAACUGCUGCUCUCCGGCGGGAGAGAAGCUCGACUGCAUUGCAGAGGGUGAGGACAAGAGAGAGCGUGGUCAGCUCUGGAGACGAGUCUUACCGGACCAAGGACAGGAAACCAUCAGUUCGAGAGAUGAAGAUUGCGGAUCUCACGCACUGGCGAAAAGAAGUCAUGAGUAUGAUGGAUGGGAGAGGACGGCGACGCGAUCGAAUAGAGUCGCCCUCGGAGUCAGUAUUUGUUUCUUCGACAUCGACGCCUUACCAGCCUUCGCCAAGUUCUUCCAGCCGGCCACAUUCCCGGAUAUAUCCCCCGUCCCCUUCACCGUCACGUUCACCUUCGGACCGACAUGCGAAGGCUCCAUCUAGUCGACCGCCCUCCAGCACCGGUAUUGUAUCUGUACCAGCCCUCAGUCCCAUAACGACCAAUUUUUCUCUGCCACCGUCCCCUUCUCUCCCUCAUCACGAAUCACAGCGUAGUUUGUCAUUCCCUACCACCCCAAAUGACGUUUUCUCCGGUUCUCCGUGGUCGACAGAAGAUGAAUCCACUUGGGAAUCUACGUCUGUUGCUACCAGCGCUUCCACCACUUCAGCAUACUCAUAUCAUGGUCCUGAUCUAUCGUCGACGUUCGUUCAAUCUUCGAACCAUGCCGGAGGAUCGCAGCUUUUCUCCUCGCCUUCAGAGAGCAAAGAUGUAGCUAUUGAAGAGAAUGCGGAGAAUCCCGAUCUGGAUUUAUCAUUGACACAUAUCCCUCUUCGACCUUUCCGUAAUCAAGUAGGUGGACAUAGCGCCAUUUACAAGUUUACGAAACGGGCGGUGUGUAAGCCUCUUGUCUCUCGCGAAAACCUCUUUUAUGAGGCUGUUGAGCGAGAGGCACCGCCACUGCUUUCAUAUAUCCCGCGUUAUCUAGGUGUUAUGUUGGUGAGCUACCGGCGAGUUCCAAAAGGUUCAUCAUCAUCCCCUCCCCGGAAAAACAACAUUGAUGAUACCCCGCGUCCUCCAUUCAUCAAGUCAGCCAGUGAGAUACCUCGGGGCAUUCCCGAUAUAUAUGGCGAGGGGGACACAGAUAGCGAUGAAGCUGAGAUGCCUGAAGUGGUUUUGGACCGUAAUCGGCAUAUCAUUCCUGAAUGGAUGCUGCGUGGAGGGAGAAAUAGAUCAUUGUCACAGUCCAACGUGGCAGGAUCGUCUGUGUGGGCUAGUCGACAGCUCCAGCGACAGCACCUCGGAGGAACAGCAUCGAGUCCGGACUUGAACACUGAUGGAAAAGGAAUGAUGAUUCCAAGGUCUAAACCUAGUCCACUGUCGCAAUAUCCCCCGUACAUCUCGCCGUCCUUGGAAGCGCCCACGCCAGCCAAUUCUCCGAAAGUGAUCAAUCGUGCAUUUCCCCCGAAGCUGGCUGAGAGUCCUACACCUCGCCAGUUUUUGCGCAAAUCGGCUGCGUCCGACGAAGACGACGGGUUUGGCAGGGUGCCUUCAACUUCGCCGUGGUUUAACGGCACUGGAUCCACGACGGUGAACACCAAGUUCAAGGACCAUGUUUUUAGUACGGUGUUGCGGCGGUUUAGGAGAAGGACGGGAGGAAGAUGGGCUGGUACAGGAGCACGUACCGAGGAUGAGGGUGAUGUGGCGGAUGCGGAGAGCGACAACGUACAGACGGGCCGGCGCGUGACUCGACGCGCUAGGAAGUUACUUAGCCAGGUCGAGAGGCUUCGAGUCACAGAGGCGAACGCGCCGAUACGACGGACCCAGAGCGAGUCGAUCAUCGCAAGUCCUGAGAAGCUAGAGGCUAUGGCAUUGGAACAGCAGCAGAACCAGGACAUCAUGGGUGUAUUUGAACUGGAUUAUGAUGCGAGACCUGAUGUUGACGAGGGCCAGAAUAAGUUUGAAAAAUGGCGGGGCGGCCGAGUUCUUUCGAGAAAGCGAAGUAGGUCCAGGUCAUUGGAUACGCGCCCAUCACUGCCACCGCAUCCGCUAUCAUUAUCUUCCUUGACGGACAGGGCGAUUCCAGAGAUGAACGAAACUGAUGUGUUAUUUACGAGGCAGAAUCAUUUUAUCCUCAUGGAAGACCUGACAGGGCGGCUGAAGCGGCCGUGUGUGAUGGAUUUGAAGAUGGGGACCCGCCAGUAUGGCAUGGAUGCUACUCCGGCGAAAAAGAAGAGUCAGAGGAAGAAGUGCGAUCGAACGACGAGCAGAACGUUGGGGGUGCGUCUCUGUGGUAUGCAGGUUUGGAACCAUGUGACACAAUCCUACGUGACGCAAGACAAAUAUAUGGGGCGCGAGGUACAGCCUGACGCUUUCUCGUCGGUUCUAGCUUCGUUCCUGUAUGAUGGGGAGCGGCUAUUAGCCCACCAGAUCCCGGUGUUGCUCCAGAAGAUCUGCGGACUUGCGAAAAUAAUUUAUCGGCUAAAGGGAUUUAGGUUCUAUGGCUGCAGCCUGCUCCUGAUUUAUGACGGGGACCGAGAGUCGCAGGACGCGUUUGGGCUUUCAGCAAUGGAACAUCCUUCUUCGCGGAGCAAACGUGGAGAGUCGCUUGAAAGACAAAACGCGCAUUAUAUCAAGUUGGACGCAGACUCGGACAAGCCGCAGUUGAGACGGUCACACAGCGAAGAUUUAUUGCUCGGUGGUCCGGUGGGUGAAUACACGCGUAAACGUGGGGAGGCCACCGUGCGAAUAGUGGACUUUGCACAUACAACCACGGGGAAAGAUUGGCUGCCCUAUCCUAGACCAGGGGAGGACAUGCCGCCGCAUGACGUGUCAUCAAGUUCCAAGGGCUAUCAAGCAGAGGUUGACCCAGAGACGGGCUUGAUAUACGCACGGUUCCCACCACAUUUCCCGGAGCAGCCGGAUCGUGGGUUCCUAUUUGGGCUCAAGAGCCUGGCAGGAACGUUGGAAGGCAUAUGGAACGAGGAGAGGCUGCGGCGGAUCAAGACGGCAAAAGAUGUCUAUCAGUUGCCGCCACUGUCGGUAGAGGGGAGGGAGAUUUUUGAUGAGAUCUUUGGGGUCGACGAGGAGGAUGUGGGAACGCUGUCGACAUAGACUGGGUGAUUUUUCCUUUUUCUUCCCCUUUCAAAGGUAUUUCUGUGCUAUUUGGUCGUAUACACGUAUAAUUCCCGUUAAUUGUCUAUUAUCGCGUCCGUCGUCUAGCAUUGUAUUUUUUAUACCUACGCAUUGCACACCUACCCAUCCAUCUACAUUUUUUUUCUUUUUCUUUUUCUUUGCAUCUAGUGUAGCACAGCCCGUCCGUCUGAAUCAUCUGUACAAAGGCUCCAUACAUACAUUCUGUUUCUCUCUGUUUUCUCUUUUUAAUUGCAUACGUGUCAAAAAAGAUUGCAAUAUGAUUUGAUUUUUGUCGAUCACACGGUCGA